AUUAACGAAUAAAUUAUGAAGAAAAUUAAUUGCUAUUCAAUCGUAACAUUACAAUCAAAAUUGAACUAUGUCGAAAAUGAAAUAUGGAAGAGCUCCAAAAAUCGAUUUACAUACAGAAAUAAUCAGUUUAAAAAAACAAUUAUCGAUGACUCUAGGUGAAAAUCAUCUUCUUAAAGUUAAAAUUCGUAGGCUUGAGUAUGAAUUAAAGAAAAAAGAUAAAUACAUGAAUUAUUUUUUGAUUAAUUCUGAAAAGCAUCUGGAAAGUCAAAAUUUAGCGUACAAAAAAACGUCAAACACAAUUAUGAAAUUGAGGAAAGAGAAUGAAGACUUAAAAGAGCUGUUGUUUAAAAAAGAAUUACAUGAUCAAAAAGGUCCAUAUAGAACAAAAAUGACGACUAUUUCUUGUGAUCAAGUUGACAAUAAAUUCAAGAAUCUAUUGGGAAGACCUCGGUCUAAUUUUUCAUCUAGAUUAGAAAGUCUUUCAGAUUCGCAUACACUUCAUAAAAAUAAUAAGAAACAUCAAAGAAUAUUUUCUACAAAUUCUCGAAGUGUUGAAACCACCGAGGAUUUUUUAAGUAAUUAUUUUGUCACUCGAGCUGAUGCUGAUAAACUUAUGGAGAUGAUAAAUGUGUUAAAAAAACAACAGGACGUUGAUAAAGAGAUCAUUCAUGCUAGAAAUUCAGAAAUCACUCAGCUUGCAUCUGAGUUAAAAAAUUUAAAAAGCCAAUUUAGUGCUGAAAACAUUUUGACAAAACGAUCAAAUGUUUCUGAUAAGUUGUUAUCACCGAAAAAUGUAAAUAAUAGUCUUGAACAAGAUGAACAAACAAAAAGCUCUGAAUUCAUUCGACCAAAAACUCCUUUAAAGGUACUCGAACCAGUUCAAGAAUUAAAUGAAAAUGAGUCAAGUGAUACAAGUAAUAAGUCUGAUUUGAAUUUACAUAAACGAACAUUCAAUUCACAUAGAAAAACUAUCAUAGAAUAUGCGAUAGACUCAGAAGUAAGUUCAGAUGAAGAAAUUUACUUGUUGAAUGCUUAAUACUGUGAUUAUAACUAUUAUUUAUGGAAAAUAUUAUAUUUUUGAUAAAAAGACAUGAUAAUUGUGUCAUGAAUGAAAGAAUUUAUUGCAUCGAUAUAUCCAAUAUUAAUAAUUUUCUA